AUGCACGCUUGUUGCCUCGUUCCUGCACUCUGCAUCACCGCCCUCACCUUCAAAACGUCUUCCUCAAAGAAGAGAAAGCUCGCCGCCAGACCGUCCUCGACUCGGCCGCAGCAGCCCGACUGCUCGCCUUCCCCCGACAUCGCCAUACCCUCCUGCGAGCCUGCCGACGAACACCACGACGACGUCGCCUACUCCUUCACCACCGCCACGUCGAUAGACGACGACCGUAGCGUCCACCGCGGGAGUAACCCCGUCUAUCUGCGAUCUGACUCGCUACAGCCGGCCUCGAGCCUUCCUGGCCGCCUCCUGCCCGUUGUCGCCGCCGCCACCAACAGCAGCACCAACAACGGCGGCGCUACCAACAACAACGGCCGUGCUCCGACGUCGCUCCCCGAGUACGCCUCCUCGGCUGCCUCGUCCACCUGUGCGUCGGCCUAUGCUGACCUGUCCCUCGACGGCGAACGGGCGAUUGACGAGACUGGUUCUGCGCGGGUGCCCUCGCUGCCCAGAAGCCAGUCCCCCUUUCGAGUGUCCAGAAGGGCUAUCAUGAAUGGUGACGCUGAGUUGCCCCACCGCUCCUCCUCCCCGCUCAAGCGUCGUGCCUCCAGCAUGGAUCCCGAAAACGACGCCGCCGCCUCCUGCAAUGGCGAAGACGUUAACAUGGAUGCUUCGUUAUCCGCCACCGCGGCUGACUCGACGGAUGCCCCGCGGGCCAUGAGCGUCGACCCCCAAGACGGUGUUGAUGGCCCAGCACAGAACCUUCCUCCUCUUGCUGAGCAGGUUAAAAUUAUUGAGACACUCCUCAAAGCUUUUGAGGAUGCACCCAUUCAAGAAGGCAACAAGGCCUAUCUUGUCUCUAGAGCAUGGGUCGAUCAAGCACGCUCGUUGCAAGGACCAACCAAGGCCAAGAAGGAGCACGAGAAUAUGAAGCUCGGCCCAGUCGACAACUCGGAUAUCAUCGACCAAGUCAUCAAGGACCCUUCAGGGGCUUCUUUUACCCGCCUUAAACCCGGUGCCGACCAGGAAACUUUUGUUCUCUUCCCAGAGGAUGCCUGGAAACUCGUCGUGGAGUGGUAUGGCCUCGCGGAAGGACAAGAGCCCAUUCUUCGCUCUGCUAUAAACUCGGCUGACGGUCCCGAGGACAACAUUCUUUACGAAUUUCACCCCCCGAUUUUCCGCGUUCACCGCCUCUGGUCUGAGCUCAGCCCAUUGCCCAUUGAGCAGGCUCUCAAGGCCAAUAACCCUCCCGCAAUUGUCGCCCCCAGAAGUCGAGGUGCAAAUCUUCAGGCAUUUUUGAAAGAUAUCAAAACCUGGGCUGGCAUUCCUCUUGACCGCAAGGUUCUCCUUCAUCAAGUCCGGCACCCCGCUCCUACCGCUAUCCCAGCUACUCAGGAAAUGGGAUCGGCAUUGACACCGCCAGAUUCUCCCGGUCGCGAAACGUACAAUUCCGAUGGUUUUUGGCCAAAUUUGCUGAUUGACUUGCCCACUUUUGCAGAGUCUCGUAACUACCGGGAGCAGUUAUCCCAGAUACGUGAUCAAACAGACGGCAAAUACAACAGUACCGUUCAACUACAUAUGAGGAACCUUGUCACAGAUGCGACGUUGGUAUUGGACGAAUUGAUUGACAAUAAGUUGUCAGUGAGCACAUACAAAGGCCAGCAGACAAAGUUCCAGAAGGGUGUGCCUAAUCGCUCUGCACUGUCGUCGAAACCGAACAGCGCUAGAAGUAGCCCGGGUCCAGAGGGCAUCAUGACCAGAGGCCGGGCAGGCAGGAAGAAGAAGCUUGGCCGUAGUGUUGGCGUUGUUGGUCUGCAGAACCUAGGCAACACUUGCUACAUGAAUUCGGCGCUGCAGUGUUUUCGGAGUGUCGAAGAAUUGACCAAAUUCUUCAUCACUGACGCGUAUUUGGACGAGAUUAACAAGACCAACCUACUAGGUUACAACGGUAAAAUGGCCAUGGCCUAUGGCGGUCUCCUACACGACAUUUACCGAGAAGGCCGUGGCUCUGUUAGUCCACGAGACUUCAAGAGCACUGUCGGCAGGUGCCGAAGCACCUUCUCUGGUUGGGGCCAACAAGACUCGCAAGAAUUCCUUGGAUUCUUGCUAGAUGCUCUUCAGGAGGAUCUGAGUCGGGUCGGGAACAAGCCUUAUAUCGAAAAGCCUGAUUCUACCGACGAGAUGAUAAACGACCCUGAAGCGAUUCGCGAAUUGGCUGCCAAGGUCUGGGAUAUCACGAGACAAAGAGACGAUUCGGUCAUUGCCGACCUGUUCACCGGAAUGUACAAAUCGACGCUCAAGUGUCCCGAGUGUGACAAGAUCAGCAUCACGUUUGAUCCUUUCAACACCUUGCCGCUUCCUCUUCCGUUAGAGACUGUGUGGAGCACGACUGUCAAGUUCUUCCCUUUGAACGAUGUGCCCGUUAAUAUUGACGUCGAGCUGCCUAAGCAUAGCUCCAUCGAAGCGUUGAAGGCAUAUCUUUCCAUCCGCACUGGCGUACCGGUUGAACGAAUGAUGGGUGCAGAGGAGUUCAAGGAUAGGUUCUUUAAAAUUUACGAUAACACCCACGACGUCUCUGAGGAGAUUACGCAGUCCGACGUGUCGACAUUCCACGAGCUAGAGUUCGUGCCCACCAAUUGGCCAUUAAAGGCCCAGCCGCAGAAAUAUCGCUCACUGUUGGACAUUAAUUCGCAACCCGAAGAUCUUGACGAUUCCCUCACGGAGAGGUUGGUUGUUACCGUUAUACAUCGUCGGCCCAGCAUUUAUGGUCGUCCAGAAGGAAUUUCGCCCCCUCACUUCAUCUCUGUGACCAGGGAGGAGGCAUCUAGCUAUGACAUUAUUCAACGCAAAAUUCUUGAAAAGAUUGCUACAUAUUCCACAUGGAGCAAACUGACCAACAAUGACGAAGUUGAUGGCGCUGACACGGACAUGGUGGCCACGUCAGACGCCGAUUCUUCUGGCGAGGGCAAGGUGGCUGCAAAGUCAGUCGAGGGCGAAGACGACAUGGUUGAUGUUACAAUGAAGAACGCUGGCGCUGUGCCGACAGGGCAACCAACUCUACUCAAGCGUUUCAAUAAGACGCGACCCAAAUUCAUGGAUGCCUCGACACGGCUCAGCCCUUCACUGCAGAACCUGUUCGAGCUGAAAUAUUUCGCCAGUUCCAGUGAUGGCGCCAUUCCCACAGGUUGGCAAUCUACUGAUAAUAACAGAACACUGCCUAGUCUCGCAGACCGCAUACCACAAACAUCAGACAAGGAUGAGGAAAGCACCACCCCCGAGAGUUCGAAUGCUGACGGCUCUGAGAACGAUAAUGAGAAUGAGAAUGAAAACGAAGAGGAGAAAGACGCAAGUAGCCACGAAGAAGAAUCCAAGGAAGAGUCUAUCAGGACCCGUAUGGCCGAAGAGUCGAGCGAGGAAGAUCUCCCUCGUCGCUUCGACCGUAGCGGCCGCAAUUCGAGAACUGGCGGCCGAAAGAAGUUCAGAGGUUCUAAAUUCUCUGGCAAACGCGGCAGCAAGCGACGAGACAAGCAGAUUCGAACCAGUAAGGCGAAUGGUCUCCCGCAGGUGAACCCCCAGCCAAUACCCCCGACCGUUGCCGAUGGGGGGCCACUUAUCCGCCUGCACGAGGGUAUCGCGGUCGAUUGGAACGACGACGCUUGGGAAAUGGUGUUUGGUGGAAACGGCAGAGGAAAUGCGGCCGACGGCACUCGAACUUUUCUAAACCUGGAAACGGUCCAGGAUCCCGUCAUCAAGGCCAACCAGCGCCGCCGUCAAAACCGCAAGUCGAAGGGUAUCACUCUGGACGAAUGUCUAGACGAAUUUGAGCGAGCCGAGAUUCUCUCGGAGCAUGACAUGUGGUACUGCCCACGUUGCAAAGAACAUCGGCGCGCUAGUAAAAAGUUUGAUCUGUGGAAGACACCAAACUACCUCGUCACUCACCUGAAGCGAUUUAGCAGCAGUGGGUGGCGACGAGAUAAGUUGGAUGUGCUUGUUGACUUUCCGAUUGAGGAGCUCGAUUUGACGGCUCGCGUCGUUGAGAAGGAAGAUGGCAAGUCGGAAGUGUACGACUUAAUCGCGGUUGAUAACCAUUACGGUGGACUUGGUGGCGGUCACUACACUGCAUACGCCAAAAACUUUGUGGACGGCAAGUGGUACAACUACAAUGACUCUUCCGUCAGCGUUGUGUCGAACACCCAGUCUAUUAUUACCAGCGCCGCGUAUUUGCUCUUUUACAAGCGUCGUGCGUCUAGCCACCUGGGUGGGCCUAGAUUCGCAUCCAUUUUGGACAAGUACGAAAAGGACACGACGGAAGAGGAAAGCGGAGGUGAUGACGACACCAGCGGCCAGGCAGACGAAGAGCUGCCGGCGUACGGAGGUCGCACGCUGGGGGGCAGACGGGCAAGCACAGAGCCUGAAUCGGGGCCCAGCAAGUUGAGCACAGUCCGCGGCGAAUCACUUCUUGCACAGACCUGGAGCUUUGGGGACCUUGAUGCCGAAGCCGAGCAGUCAACGGGCGCGGCCAGCGACGUGGCCCAGUUUGACUCGUCGGAAGAUGAUGGCAACGCACAAGGCAUCCACGCAGCAGACAUUGUGAUGGGUGGUGCAGGAGGGGACGCGGUGGCGAUUGUCGAGGGAGAAAGGGAGAGCAGCGGAGAGGAUGAGGUGACGGAGAUUCAUGUAGAGAAUCCCAAGACGGAGUAG